AGCCAUUCGAGUUGCAAAUGCGCACUUUGCAUUUGCCAUGCUCCGAGUGUGGCAGACUAUUGCCGCCGCCGUCGCCACCGUUGCCGCUGCGGACGAUACAUGGACGUCCGUGCUUGCGCUACCCAACAUCACGUCCAUUGAAACGACCCUGACAACAGGAACUCAGCGAUACAUCGAAGUCCGCCAUGGCAGUGACUCGAACCUCACAACGAUUGAGUUUUCGUCGAAUCUUACCUUGGACGGGGUCGUCCUACCCAAAAGCCUGCAGAAGUUUGCGCUUAACCGCGUGAAUUUAUCAGCGUUUCCGUAUGGCUUCCAAUGGCCAUCUACCCUCAAAUCGAUCGACCUGUCUCGGAAUGCGUUAACGAACAUUCCUCAAGAUAUCAAAUGGCCGGCGGGGCUAGCAUCGUUGUCGUUGUCAGACAACAAAUUGACAGAAUGUGUCUCCGACUUACCCGAGUCGAUUUCUACCCUCAACUACGGCGGCAACCGCUUGACUUCUAUUCAAGCUUGCCAGUGGCCAAAAGCAUUGGAAACCCUGACGGUGUCUGGGAACGCGUUACAAAGAAUGUCGCUCAGUCAGACGUGGCCUGAUGGACUGAAAGAACUGCACAUGGACAACACCGAGCUGAAAUACGUCCCGUCUACGUUUCCCGAAGGCCUUCGACAGUUGCACUUGAACAAAAACAAAAUUAAGUCUUUCCCCAAAAAGCUCCCGUCAGAUCUUCAAUCCUUGUCGUUGUCGUACAAUAAGAUCAAGGUGUUGCCGGCCCACCUAAACCGAUUCCCCAAGUUGGGCGUACUAGAACUCGCCAAUAACCACCUCAAGUCCCUUCCAUCGGAUCUCGUGCUACCCAAGGAUUUUCACAUCUUACGCCUCUCCAACAACAACUUGACGUCGUUGCCGCCAAAAUGUAACUCUUGGCUUGGCCAAAUUAAUGGCUCCAUCAUGCUGGACGGCAACCAGCUUAGUGCGUUACCUAAAAAAGUCACGUUCCCGCCCGAGACAAACGUAGCUAGAAACCAGCUCACGGUGCUCGAAAACUUGUCGCUUCCCAAGCACUUUAACGUCAACGAAAACCCACUGGAGCGCGUAUCCCGGGUGACAGUGAUGGAUGGCAGCGUUUGGCAAACCAGUCCCGCCGUGCUCAAGUCGUUUGUGUUGGACGAGAAAGCUUUCAAGUCGUUGGAUUCGUUGAUGAGAAGCUACAGCUUUUUUAAAUUGGGAUGGACUGUCGAUGCUGCCACGGCCGACCCCGCAUGUGCCGCCGAAAGCGGGGUGAUCAAGCAGGUGAAAGACAUCAGUGUGUGUGUCGUGCCAGACGGCUCGUAAAUACUAUCGACGGCGGCUGUAAGUUCCAUAUACUGUAUGUAUAUUGGAUAAAACAUAAUAAUAACUUACUCGUUUGUCU